AUGUUUAUUAAAAAUAUUAUUAUAUCAGGAUUUCGUUCUUAUCGAGAGCAGUCUUUUCCAGAUGGUCUUUCUCCCAGAACAAACGUGAUUGUUGGAAAGAAUGGAUCUGGAAAGUCAAACUUUUUCUCGGCGGUGCAGUUUGUACUAAGUGAGAAAUUUUUUAACCUUAGUGCAGUAGAACGUAAAGAACUUUUUCAUGUUGGUAGCGGCCGACCAUCUCUUUCAAUUUUUGUUGAAAUUGUAUUCGAUAAUUCAGAUGGUCGCAUUGUAAUUCCAGGACGAGCUGAAGAACUGGAAAUACGGAUCCGCAGAACAGUAGGUCUUAAGCAAGAUGAAUUCCGAGUUAAUGAUCGACGGUUCACUGCAAAUGAAGUCCAUCAGUUGCUGGAAAGUGCUGGGUUUUCAUCAAAUAACCCAUACUAUAUUGUUGAACAAAGCAGAAUAACGCAUCUGGUUACCAUGAAUGAGGAGGAACGAUAUCAAAUAAUUAAAGACAUUGCAGGUACUAAAAUUUACGACGAACGACGAAGCGAAAGUAAGCGUAUUCUUGAUGAGACAAAAUCAAAACAAGAACAAAUUAGCCACUCUAUUUCACAACUAGAAGGCAAGCUACGAGAACUCGAAAAAGAAACUAUUGAAUUAAAAGAGCUUCAGGAUUCUGAACAUGAGAAAAAGUGUUUGGAGUACUGUAUCUUCAAUUUGGAGCUCGAAAACUGCAAGGAAGGACUAUUUAAGUUGGAAGCUGAGUGGUCUUCAAGGAAAACUACUCUUUUCAAGAACCAGGAGUCAGAAACCUUGACUGAGCAAGAAAUUCAAACUUGUGAGGAUCAACUUGCAGAAAUCAGUGGUCUUAUGUCUCGGCUGGAAACUGAAAGGGAGUCUAUUGAGAAGGAAAUAUCAAUAUUGAGUAACAAGCAAACCGUGAUAGAUCUUGAUGCAAAUGAUGGGGCCAACAGUUUACAUCGCGUUGAUAAAGAAUAUGCUGCACUCCUAAAAGAGAGCAGUGAUUUGGAGAAUGUACUCGCAAAGGUCAAAAAGGAUGCACUCGAUAAACGAGACAUGUUUAAGAAGAGUGAAUCCCUUGCCAUUAAGAGCCUUGAAGAAGUUGACCAGAUACAAAAAUUGGCUGACCAUAUGCAAGAAAAAAGAAAUCGUAACAGGCUCUUCAAGAAUCAAACUGAAAGAGACAGAUGGAUAACGAACGAGAUUUCAAAAAAUAAAGAGACUAUCGACAACUCAAGGUCAGAACUUCAGUCUGUUGAAAAAGAAAUUACUUCUCUGGAUGAGGCUAUAAAAUUAAGAAAAAUUACAAAGGACACCACUCAUUCAGUGGAAAAGGUGGAAAAAGAUCUGGAGUCACGAGAAACCAAAAUAACUGAAGCUCUGACGAAGAGAAAUAAUCUUAACCAGAAGAGACGUCAGCUUUGGCAGAUUGUUCAUGAGCAAGAAAAUGUGGUAAAGCAUCUUGAAGAGUCGUUAAAAAGAACACAUCAAAAGAUGGAGCGAAUCAUCCCUUACGAAAUCCGACAGGGACUUCAAUCUCUCCAAGAGAUUCUGAAAGAAUUCGAUGCAAAUACCCGAAAGGCAGUUCACGGACCUCUCAUUGAUCUUAUUUCUGUAGAGGAUGGCUUUCAAACCGCAGUUGAAAUAGGAGCUGGUAAUACUCUCUUUAAUGUGGUCGUUGAUACAUUUGAGAUUGGCGCAAUGGUGCUAGAAAAAAUAAACAAAAAGCGAAAACCUGGUCGUAUAUCUUUUUUCCCACUUGACACCUGUAAAGGUUUCAAAAAAAAUAUACCAGAAACACCAGAAUGUUCAUCGCUUCUUUCCAAAGUAUCAUACAAUGAUCGUUUCACCAAGGUUGUCGCAGAGGUAUUUGGAAGAGUUGCCGUUGUUGCGUCGCUGGAGUCAGGUUUAAAAUUUACAAAAGAGCUGCAUUUAGAUGUUAUCACUCUGGACGGAGAUCAACUUGGAAGAAAAGGUGCAAUAACAGGUGGGUAUAUAGACAAACUGAAUAUGAAGCUCCCCAUCUACGCGAAUGAAAAGAGUCUAACACUGACCCUCACGGAAGCUCGGAAAAAAUUGGAUGAUCUUUGCCAAGAGCUUGCUUCUGUUGAACAAUGUAUCACAGAAGUUUUAAAUGAAUUAGAAUUCCUACGUGCAGAAAAUAUAUCCACUGAGAGAAAAGCAGAUGAAGAAUUUCGUGAGGCACGGCAACGAGAAGAGCAUAUUUUACGUCUCAGCUCUCAGAAAGAAACCCUUUUAUCCACAAAGCGCACAUUGGCAAAAAAUAUUCAGGAAUCUAUUGAAGUAAAUAACCGUUUACAGGAUGAGUUAGGAGAGAAAUUUAAGAUUAAUUGGACGGAAGAAGAAGAAUUAAAGCUAGAAAAACUAUCUGAAGAGCUUGCUUCUAUGAAAAUUAAUUACGUCUCGUUACAAGCACAGCCACUUCAUUUGGCUACAGAAGUUCAGCUCAUGGAGGACAAGGUCCAGCAUAUGGAGCGCAGGAAAGCAAUGAUCGCUGACCGUAUUCGGGAAAUCGGAUGGUCCAAACGUACAACACACGGUCUUGAUCGUGAGCGUGACUCGCUUAAGCAUGAGUCCAUUUUGCUGAACGAUCGUUUGAAUGCAAUCAAAAAAUCUAUCGAUGCUUCAAUUCAACAAAAAGAAGAGAUUCAAAAAAAAAUGGAGAAUCUUAACUUGAAUCAACUUUCGAAAGCAUUGUCUCUUCAAGAAAAAGAGGACAUAAUCGAUAAGACACAAGCUCAGCGAAACCUCCUUCUUCAGAGACAGGACGAAGCUUUGAACAAGCUUCGUAAACUAGGUAUAGUUCCAAAGGGUUCAGAAAAAUAUGCCAACUUUUCUCUUGGUAAGUUGAUGCAUCAGCUUAAAUGCGUCAACGAAUCUCUAAAAAAGUAUUCCCACGUGAAUCGAAAAGCGAUUGACCAGUAUACUGCCCUUCAGCAAUCCAGUAACGAGCUAGUAGUCCAACAAACUUCGCUUGAGCAGGAGCUAAAAAGCAUCUACGACCUAAUCAAUCACCUUGAUAUGAAAAAAGAUGAGGCCAUCAAUCGUACCUAUAAACAAAUUCAGUAUCAUUUUGAGGAAGUAUUCAAAGAACUUCUUGAGACGGAGGAUACCUAUGCGGAGUUGCAGUUAGUAAAAAGCAAAUCAAAUAAAGAUGAGGAUCCGUACUGUGCUGCGCGCAUUUGUGUAUCAUUUGGCAUGGGGACUGUUGUGAGCGAACUUGAGCAAUUGAGUGGUGGUCAAAAAUCACUGGUUGCCUUGACAUUUAUCUUCGCUAUUCAACGCUGUGAUCCCGCCCCAUUUUACCUUUUUGAUGAGAUUGACGCUGCCUUGGAUGCAGAGUAUCGCAUGGCUGUCUCGAAUAUGAUACAUAAACAAUCUGAAGAGUGUCAAUUCAUUAUUGCAACUUUCAAAACGGAAUUUCUUACAACAGCAGACAAAGUCCUCGGUAUUUUUUUCCACAACAAGGUUAGUCGUAUUCAAACUAUUUCGAUGGAAGAGGGAAUAAAAAUGCUAAGACAAGUAGCAUUAGCAGAUCGGAAGCGUAAUAGAGAAGCAGAAUAUCAAGAUCAGAUUACAAACAACUAA